AUGACAUCAUCCGCUGCGUUCACCACUACGGUGCAUCCCUUUCCGUCACCUACGGCACACGCUUGUGCCUAUGAGCUUGGCCUGCCCUCUGCCAAGAAUGCCUUCGUAUUCAUCGGUGGACUAGGUGACGGGCCACACACGGUUCCCUAUCCUCGAGCUAUCGCGAAAGCACUUGAAGAAUCUGCAGAGCUGGGGUUUUCUGUCUUCGAGUUCAGGCUAACAAGCUCCUUCUCUGGCUUCGGUUUCGCUCGCUUGGCAGAUGACGUCGCCGAUAUAUCCGCACUUGUCAAGUACCUCCGAGGUAUUGGUAAGGAGAAAAUUGUGUUGAUGGGCCAUUCUACCGGUUGUCAGGACAUUAUGGAGUACACUUCUCCUUCCUACACAGAGAAUGCUCCAGUCGAUGCCUUGAUUCUUCAGGCACCUGUUGCUGAUCGGGGAGCGCUCGAGCUAGAGAUGGGCAAAGACGGGCUGGACAAGAGCAUCCAAAUAGCCAGGGACUUGAUCGCUUCUGGAAAAGCCCACGAGCGCAUGCCUAUAGAACAUGUCAUCAAAGGGUUCGGUCCUAUCUCUGUCCAUCGCUGGUAUGCCCUUGCGGCUACCGAUGGCGAGGACAACUAUUUUUCUCCUGAUCUCCCCAAGGAGGUUGCUGGUCCCUACUGGCAGAGAAUUAAUAAGCCACUUCUCAUCCUUCAGUCUGGUGAAGACGAGUAUAUUCCGCCGUCAGUUGAAAAGGUCAAAUUGAUUGAUGAGUGGAAAGCGAUGUGUCGUUCAGGGGUUGCCAGCGACUUGUCAGGUUGCAUACCUGGGGCUAAUCACAGAGUUGAACAGCCGAAUUCAGAGAAAUGGCUCACCAAGACAGUGGUCGAAUUUCUCAAAACCAGUCUAUGA